CAUGAUCGAGUCGUGCGCGUUGAAUCGGAAUACGUGCACCAUGUGUGUUCUCGCUCACUCGUUUUUUUAUUUCCGGGGCCAUUCGGAGAUUCGACAAUCCGACCGAUGCUGCAGGGGGCAGGGGGCCAAUGAGGUGGCGACGGGGCAACAGCGGCGGCGGUGGGUGGCGGAUCUCCCUCAGCGGGCCCAUGGCAGCUGAAGGUGAAUCGUGGGUCGAAGAGGGUGGGGGAGUUGAGGGUGCUGCUCCCCCGGGAGGGGGUAAUUACAACGACAUCUUGUGUUUUCCGGGCAUUGGCUAAGCGAUGCUUGAACAAUGGAAAAUAUUUUCGAGCUGUGCUGAAGCCAGCCGUGUGUUGUCAUCAUUAGAUGGUGGUAAUUUGUGCAUUUCCGGUACAGUGUGUCAUCGUGUGUUUUCCUUUGUUUCCGUCCGGUUUCGGGUUCCUGGUCUUGCUAAAUCUUGUUUGCUGUUUGUGGUAUAGGGGCGGAGUGGGUCGUGUUAGUCGAAAAUUGACUUGGCGCGAAUGAUUGGGAGAAAUGCGUUUUGCGUAUUGGUAGUUUUGUUGGAUGUUUCCCUUUGACUCAGUCGAGUCGGGUUUUUGUUUUUGAACUUUCAUGGUAAUUUUUUGUGCAUAAUACAUUCUUGUUGCGUGUUGUGUUGGUUGAUUGCACAAGUGUUGUUUUGCCAUGUCGUACGCGUACGAACUAUUUUUCCGGGUGCCUGUGCCGCCGUAUCGUCGUGUGUACCUACGUGUGUCGUUUGAUCGCGGUGUCCCAGUACAGUUGGAGGACAAGGCGGAGAGGAUCCGUCUUACCGUAGUAAUCAGUAAUAUGUAUUUUUCUUUACACGGAACAUCAGUCCCCCCCUGAGUUUGCGUUCCAGUGCUUUCGACUUGUGUAGAGUUAGACCGGCCGACGUUUCGCGUAUCAAAAAACAGUAGUAGCAACCUUAAAAGACAAAAAAAUGCCUCCGUCGAGUUUUGGUUUUCUUCACUCUCAUACUUUUACUUUGGAGCGGGGGGCAUGCGGGUUGAGGAAUAUAACAUCCACGCCAUCCGUGAGUCAGGAGGGACCGAACUUGACCAAGGUAAACAACCGGGAACGACUGCGUCAGUUAUCGUACUCUUUUUUCUAGGAGAGUCAACGGGCUCACACGGUUUGUGUGUAGGAUUCAAGGGUUGUACGCUGGGGAUGUAUGCGGUUCACGACUGGGCUUUGUACGCAGGAGGGUAGGCUUUGCAGGGAGUACAAGAGUUUCGUAGCGUGUUUUUCGUUUCGGACAAACAACGUUGGUUCGUUUCUCAAGAACGGACAAAACCACGUUGGGUUGUUUUUCGUGUGUGUAUGGUUGCUUACAAUUUUUGGCUGCAUACAGUUUGUGUAUUUGCGCCACGGUAAGAUGCGAAACGCGGGGCGUUGUAAGCAUGGGGUCGAAAGAAGCCACUCGUACGUAAUGUUGUCACUGUAAUUUACUCGGAUAGUCAUGUACAUGUAAUAGGAAUCAUUACGGUUUGAGGCAAUCGCUCUUGUAUUUGGUAAGCGCAGAUUUGUGGCACAGCAUUUUCUCAAAAAUUAGCUCGUGGUGGCGAGGAAAAUCGCUCUUUUUGACAGUGAGGUGAGACAGCCGAAAGGGCGAAAAAAACGUCCAAGUGCUGGCUAGUAGCGCAAUUCUGCGUAUGUUGCCUUUUUUUUGUGGCCGAGGGUGCAGAGGUUGACGGAGGUUGAUUGUUGACGCGUAAAUUAAACGGUCUUUGCAUACG